CAGGCCUUAGAAUGGAGACGUAAGAAGAAAUAGAAGGGCAAAAUGAACAAGAUAUUUUUCCUGGCAGCCGCCGCAGCCAUUGCUUUUGGUUCAUUGACAUAUUACAUGUGGCAUAACAUGAACAAUAGCCCAAACGGCGAGGAGGAGAAAGCGGCACGUGCUGAUAGCUGUGAUUUAUUGUAUAAUACGGAACCUUACACAGAAUGUUGUGACUAUAGCACAGUAAACAUAGAUGCAAUGGAAAAUUUAGGAUCACUGAUCGAAUGCUUUACUACAUUUAAAUAUUCACUUGGCUGCAAAAUGGAUAUGUGUCUGGGUGAGCACUUGGGUUACAUCAACACGGAAGGUCACUUAAACAGGGAAAUGAUGUCUAAAAAAUUCAAAGAUGUGUUUUCACUAAUGACCAAGGUUUCGGAGCCUGUUCUUGCAAAGUGUAUACUUGGCAAUCCUUUAAAUUAUGGUGGUCCCGAUAUAUGCGAACUUACGAGGGUGCGAUACUGCUUCAUGACACACUUUCUUGCGUUUUGCCCAAGCCAACGUUCAUCAGUAAGCUGUAAAAAUUUAAGAGAUUCGGCUUUGUCAUGUAUAUCAGUGUAAUUAAACCAAUGUACUUUUUAAAAAGCUUCCAGGAAGAAAAUAAAAAAGUUUUUAAAAGAAUAUUUUUGUAAUACAUUAAUAAAAACAACAAUAUUAUUUCAGAGAAUUUUGGUUGCUUAUCACAAAGUAAAGAUUAAGUUA